ACUUUAAAUGACUCAGGAAGUGAAAGGGGCCGCCUGACAGCGAAAGGGAAAGUGGAACCGGGGCGGCGCAAGGGCCCGCGGAGCCCGCGAGUUCGCCCGGGUAGCCGGAGGCCGACCGGGCGGUGCGGCGCGGGGGCCGACGGGGGCACUGGGCGGCUGCACCGGAAGUGCCCCGUGCAACAGAGGAAGCGCAGCAGCCGUGCAGAGCAGGUCGAGUCGGCGGGCAGGCCGUUUGCUCCUCCGCCCGGGCAGGGGCUGCCGCGGCCCCAGGUCCCUCUCGGAGACGCGGCGCGGCCCAGACGGGCGGCGACUCCUGAGGAAGGGACCCCGGGGGCGGAAGGAGGAAGUGAAGAGGCCGCAAGAAGGGAAGGCGGCGGGCUCGGAGGCCUUGGCCGCGUCACAGCACCCACAUGGCCUCCGGCGUGGGCGCGGCCUUCGAGGAGCUGCCUCACGACGGCACGUGUGACGAGUGCGAGCCCGACGAGGCUCCUGGGGCCGAAGAAGUGUGCCGAGAAUGCGGCUUCUGCUACUGCCGCCGCCACGCCGAGGCGCACAGGCAGAAGUUCCUCAGUCACCACCUAGCCGAAUACGUCCACGGCGCCCAGGCCUGGAUCUCGCGAGCCGGCGGGGAGGGGGCGGGGAAGGAAGAAGUGGAGGCCAAGGUGGAGCAGGAGAGGGAGAUAGAAAGCGAAGCAGGGGAAGAGAGUGAGUCUGAGGAAGAGAGUGAGUCGGAAGAAGAGAGCGAGACGGAGGAAGAGAGUGAGGAUGAGAGCGAUGACGAGAGUGAAGAAGACAGUGAGGAAGAAAUGGAGGAUGAGCAAGAAAGCGAGGCAGAGGAGGACAAUCAGGAAGAAGGGGAAUCUGAGGCGGAGGGAGAAACUGAAGCAGAAAGCGAAUUUGACCCAGAAAUAGAAAUGGAAGCAGAGAGAGUGGCUAAGAGGAAGUGUCCGGACCAUGGGCUCGAUUUGAGCACUUAUUGCCAGGAAGAUAGGCAGCUCAUCUGUGUCCUGUGUCCAGUCAUUGGGGCUCACCGGGGCCACCAACUCUCCACCCUAGACGAAGCCUUUGAAGAACUAAGAAGCAAAGACUCAGGUGGACUGAAGGCAGCUAUGAUAGAGUUGGUGGAAAGGUUAAAGUUCAAGAGCUCAGACCCUAAGGUGACUCGGGACCAGAUGAAGGUGUUUAUACAGCAGGAAUUUAAGAAAGUUCAGAAAGUGAUUGCUGAUGAGGAGCAGAAGGCCCUUCAUCUAGUGGACAUCCAGGAAGCAAUGGCCACAGCUCAUGUGACUGAGAUACUGGCAGACAUCCAAUCCCACAUGGAUAGGUUGAUGACUCAGAUGGCCCAAGCCAAGGAACAACUUGAUACCUCUAAUGAAUCAGCUGAGCCAAAGGCAGAGGGCGAUGAGGAAGGACCCAGUGGUGCCAGUGAAGAAGAGGACACAUGAAGGCAUGGCGUCCCCAGUGGAAAAUCAUCCCCUCUCCUGUGUGUAUGUGACAGCGUGUAUUGUUACGGCUUCUGAUUUCUGUGAAAGCUGCUCAGCAACAAAUGUACUUCCACCGGAUAUGUCCCCAGACCCACAGCAGGCACAUAUAUCUCUCCAACAGAGGACCAGUUUUAUGCUCACUGACUGUGCUUCUCAUUCUCUUGUUGUGUUAGGUCAAGGAAAAGAGCCCCUUUGAUCAACAAGGAGCAAUAAGGAAAGGCCCUUCAGGCAAUUCUUCAGUGGCUGCUUCGAACUUGCUCAGGAAAGCCAACCCCUGUGAUAUUGUCUAACCAAACUAUUGCUUCCUUGGGAAGGAUCUGGAAUAAUCUUGAAGGGAAGUCAGAGUUUUUUCCCUACCUGCUAACAAAAACCCCACUUUGUUCAUAUUGAAGCAUGAAAUAAAUGAUGGCAAGGUAGGGCCGCAUUGACUCAUGUAGAAAGUCUCUAAAAGUCCAGUUCUACAUUUGUGAAAAUGAUGGAUGACUUGAAAACAGCGUUGGAGAAAUAGUUAAAAAUUAGGAAGAUAAAGCUAUUUUUAGUGUAUGAGGUUAUCCAGGACUUCAGAUUCAUAAUUCAGUGCUGUGGAAAUGAAAACAUGAUUGAAGAGGUGGAAAGGAAAUGACCUUAGGAAAAAAAAACAGGACCAAAGAAAUCUGAUUAAAAGUUGAAAUCAGUAUUUCUAAAUUCAAAUUGCCUGAGUUUCCAAAAUAGUCACUAAAGGAUGUAAUAGAAACUGAAUUAUUUGGAUGAAUUUUUCUGUAGGAUUUAUGGGCUUUUCACAACAUGAAGGGCUGAAAUAUAUUCCCACCAAAUGGGAAUGUUCAGUGUAGGUUUUUGCUGGUCCCACCCCCAUUUUAGCCUAACUUGGCUUAGAUGCAGUGUGGGGAGGAUUCUUGCUGCUCUGUAUGUGGUGUGCUGAAUUCGGCUCCUCCUCCCAGCAGAUAGAUAUCCUCCUGGAACCCUUCUUCCUAUGGCACUCCUCACCCACAGACCUUCAGAUCAUCCCCACACCCCGGCUCUCUAUUAAGUAACACGAGACACACCUGAAGUUAGACUUCCUUCCCUUUUUCCAGUCCCAAAUCACAAUUUUUUACAACCAAGGUUUUUACUCCCAAUUAAGUAGUGAUGUGCUAGGGGGAUACAAAACUGCAAGCUUAAAACUUUGCAUCUUCCUGAAGCAUCAGUUUUACUUAAAAAAUGGUUUGGAGUCAGGGGAUGACCUUAUUUUUAUAUAAAACAAACACAGUUAUGGAAUAGAAUGUUCAUACACAUAAACUGUUAAGAUAAAAUAGGGGACUUGAAAGGUAAUUCUCGUUUACAAGUGGGCUAUAUGUUCCCUCUUCUCUGCUUUUGUUCGUAUUUGGUAUUAACUUCUAAGAAAUACAAUUGGAACCACAUCCAGGCAGCCCUGGGGUUGCUGCUGCCCCAGGGCCUAGAGUUCUAAUGCCUGUGAAGCAGAACAAAAGGAGCCUGCACUGGGAGAAAUCCCUCUCUUCCUGUCUGUCUGAGUGCCUGUGACCUAUGUACCUAUUACAAAGCUUUAGGGCCAGCUGAUUUGUGUGCAUGCAGGAUGGUUUUGAGGCAGAAACAAUACUUGCUUACUGUAGGAGUCCUAUUUAUUUAAUAUAUUAUUUUUCAAUCCUGUGCUUGCUGUGAAAUAAUUUAUUCCUUUGAGGCCAGGAAGCUACCAGGCAUAUAUGCUUCUAGGUUAGGAUUACCCUAGCUCACUAAGUAUGUCAGGAUAUUGGGGCUGAGAGGAGUUAGAGAUGGUACCCGAAAAAAGUCUUUUUCUCUCACGCUGGUGGCCAAGAAAUGGCCAAGAUAAUUUUGGUGCUUUACCUGUCUGUCUACAAAGACUGGAGAAUUUGGCAUACAACUAAUUACAACCUCCAAUCAUAUCCAAGAAAACUACCCUAAAAAGAAGGACCAAUGGCCACUCUUGAAAGAGUUUAAAUAUCAGAAGGUUUAAAAGACUAGAAUUUGGAAACUUGUGUUGUCUUUCCCCAGUAAUCAUUGUUUGAUCUCUAAAUGGUAGCCUCAUAUUAACAAUGGACAGAUCAUUGACUCUCCAUACCUGAUCAUGUAUUAUUACUUUAAAUAAGUAUUUGGGAAAUCCAAGCAUUUAUGCAGUGGAUAUAAAUGGAAAUAUAAAAAUAUGUGCCAACCUGUCUGAAUAAAUUAUAUUGUCUGUAAUCCUCAAGGAAAGCACUUUUGGUUUUACUUAGAAAGGGUUUCAGAUUUGCUAUAUGGGCUCCUGCUGUCUUCGACACCUGAUAAAACUUUAACCAGGGAAGCAUUAAACACAGCGCAGCAGCUUCUGCCCAGGCGCCUAUGUUCCUGCCGGCAGCAUUUAUCAGUGUAAGAACUAGGAUGCUUCCUGCAGUGGCAUCAGCUUCCUCCAGAGUCGGAGCAUGCUCCUGGGCCUUCAGCCUCCACAUGAAGAGCCUUCCCUCCUGCCAGGUCAGUAAAAUUUAGAGUGCUCAGGAUUGUGUCCUGACUGGCUGCAGGCUGCAGGCUGCAGGCUUUGGAGAAAUCCCUAAAAAGUCAACCAAGGAAGGCAGGUAAUGAAUGUCUCCAGAACUAAUCGGGCACUCAUAGCAAUUCCUGGCUACCUUUCAAUUGUUGGGUUUCUGGAUGCUGAGAGGAAUUUGUCCUUUGACUUGCUAUUAUUAAAUCCAAGGCAGUCCCAGGAAGUGCUUGGAGUCUCAGUGCUGAUAGCCCAAGAAGGGAAUUAACCUGUAUCGAGGACCAACUAUGAGCCAGGACUUGUAUUACAGCCCUGUUUCAUAGGUGAUAAAACAGAUGUGGCGUGAAAGAGUCACUUGCCUCGAGUCACACAGGUGGGAAAUACCAGAGCCAGGUUUUGAACCCAGCUCUCCUUAAUUCUGUGGGCAGGCUCUUUGCCCCAUGCCGUGGUACACCUAAAAAUACAGAGGGAUAAAGAGGCUUCAGGUUCUCCCACUGAAGCCUAACCAUCCUACUUUAUGAAUUAUUUUUCAAAAUGACAUUUCAUGGCUGUAGUUUGGGCUCAGAAAUUACCUGAAAGUAGCCUUAUUUCUCCGCUUGAGCAGAUGCUUUAAGUACACUUUAACAAUAUGGGCCUGCCCCCAGGAGUUGGGGUAACCUUUUAUUUUUGAUGCCAUCUUCCAUAAAUAAGGUGUUUCUUGGGCCUUAAGAGUAUAGAACUUUGCAGAAAUAGUACAAGUGAAGGGUGAUCUGCUCUCUAACUUUAUUUGAAAAUGUCUGCAGCUUCACUGCUGCAGAAAAAGAAAUCUUCAUAUUUUUAGUAAACCUAGCCACCAGUUCUGCGCUCUGUGAGGAUGUGGUGAUUCAUAGCUCAGUGAAUCUGGACUCUCCUGCUGAUUCCUGGUGUGUGUGUACCUGUAUAUGAAUGAAGAUGCGAUGUGUUUUUGUAUGUAAUACAUGUGUGCACACAAACUAUUUAAGAAGUGAGGGAAACUCACAGCAGCCUCCUCCUCAUCUUGCAUACCUCUGCAAAGGUUUCUGCCAGCCCUAAUUAAGUGCUGCCAGAUCACUGAAGCUUAGGUGCUUGCUUACAAGAAGAGCAACUCCCUAGCAGAGAUUGUCAGCUCAUAAAGCACUGAGCCACGGUGACAGCCCUGAAGGAAAUUGUACUCCAUCCCUUCUCCAAGAUGUCUGAUGACACGGGAAAUUCAGAUGCUCAGCCAUUUUGGUAACCUGAGAGCCUGAACUACUCCAUUCAGGCCUGAGGGCACAACUGCAGAAUUCACGACCUUACAGUAGUGUCAGCGCCUAGGAAGUCCUCUCUUCCCACCUAGAAAAUACCCUCCUGCUGGUUCCUGAAAUUCCACACUCACAUAAUGGCUGUUCAGUACUUGCUUUUCCAUAAGAAAAUUAAUUGCAUGUUUACUGCGUGCCGAUCACAUCCGGAAUUUUAUGUUAAACAAAAAAACUCAUUAUGGAUUGAGUUCAGCCCAGCUCUAAAGAGAAAAAGAAGGCCCAUAGGGAGACUUCAGACCUCAUUAUUACUGCCUUCACCCUGCGGUGUUUCUGAACCCCCCCACCCUAGCCCAUUCCAACAGCCGUAAGACCCAGGCGGUUCCUGCCUCCGAAGGCCUGCCUGUUAAGACAGUAUAGUUUGGAACAGAGAACAUACCAGAAACAGCACAACAAGGGCCAAAGCAGAAUGAAAACAACAAAGACACUUCUCGGUACAUUGGUGCAAAAAAAACAAAAAAAAAAGCCGCAGAGCCCAUGCUGGGCUUGAUACGACCUUGAGAGGACAGCAGAUUUAUACUUGAUGGGAGUUAAACCUGACCAGUCUUUCCACAGCGACGGGCCACACUGCAUGAGUGGGGAGAACCAGUGAACUCAUCGUCCUCUGCCUGGUUUCUUGUGCGCAGUCACAUUCCCUCCUUAGUCAUCUUCCCCUUCCACCCUUUACAUUAAACAAGGGAACACUCAAUCUUUCAAGGGAAUUACACGUUUGAGUUAAUGUUUCAGUAUAUCAUUUUCAUACUGUAAAUUAUUUUGUAAGAGAGAUUUACUGCUAUCCCAGGAUGUUCGGACUUGGCGCCCCUGUGCAUUUGGAAAUCAAUAAACUAUUACUGGAAAUACCA